GCAGGAUGCGUCUCUAGAGGUCAGACAGAUAAUGGCCAGUAGGGGGCGCAGCUCGUACCAUCCCGUCAUUGUUUAUUGCAAAAUGACGGAAAACAGCGCGUCGCCGGAGGAUCCCUGGCUCAAACAGACGGACGGCACCUUCAGCGACAACGGCUUCGAUCACAGUUUCUUUGCCGAGAGUGCUCAAAAAGAAAGUUUGGUGUCAAGAGCCAACAGCAUUGGAUCCACAAGUGCCUCUUCAGUACCAAACACAGAUGAUGAAGACAGUGAUAACAGACAUGAGACGCCCUAUAAGGAGUCGUAUAAAGACCGGAGAAGACAGGCACACACACAGGCAGAGCAGAAACGCAGAGAUGCCAUCAAGAAAGGCUAUGAUGACCUGCAGUCUAUAGUGCCUACAUGCCUGCAGCAGUCAGACUUUGCUAUGGCCACACAGAAGAUAAGUAAAGCUACAGUCCUGCAGAAGACAAUCGACUACAUUCAGUUUCUCCACAAAGAAAAGAAGAAACAGGAAGAGGAUGUUUCCACUCUUAGGAAGGAGGUGAUGGCGUUGAAAAUUAUGAAAACGAACUAUGAGCACAUUGUGAAGGCCCAUCAGAAUAACCCUCAGCAGGGCAGCGAGCAGGUUUCAGAUCAGGUGAAGUUCAGUGUGUUUCAGAGCAUCAUGGAUUCUCUGUUCCAGUCCUUCUGUGCCUCGGUGUCAGUCAACAGCUUUCAGGAGCUCUCUGCUUGCGUCUUCAGCUGGAUCGAGGAACACUGCAAGCCCCAGACGCUGAGAGAGUUUGUGGUGACUGUGCUGCAGCAAGUGAACGGUCAGCUGUACUGAAGCUGUCGAUCUGUAUGUCUGACGUCUGUCUGUCUCUCAGGCCAUUAUCUCACUCAAGAACAGUCUCUCUAAUGGACCGCGGUGCGUUCAAGAACUCUGAAGAGACACAGCAGCGCUGGCUCAAGUAUCGACUGAUAUAGUGUUAAUGGCAAUGAUUCCAAUCAAAAAAAUGUGGAACUGCAAUAAUUCAGUCAGAUCUGUCAUUUUCUUGCUAAUAAUUUGGAAGGUAAUAAUCUGUUCCAAGAUGUUUGCGAUUGCAUCCUCUGUUUCCUUCCACAUCUUCAGCUGGUUUCCAAAUGAAAAAAUGUUUAAGUUCUAUUUAGGUGAUGUUGUUGAACACACAGAUGUGUCUCAAUCUGCUUCAUGAUAAACCAGAAGCUGCCUUUGAAUGAUUAAGCUUGGUAUGUUGCAUUCAGUUAUCAUCUAUACCUCAUGUUCAAGUCAUUUUCCAAAGCACAACUACAUUUUCACCUUUUAAAGGGGAGCCAAAAUGUCUAGUUAAACUGUGAUGUUUCACUGUCAGUUGGUUUUUAGAACCAAAAACAGCUGUCCCUCAUGCUUUAAUAUAAUUAAAGUUAGGCAAUGCUGAGCCAUCUUUGUUCCUCUUAAGCCACUGUCCUUGGGAUGUGUGUCCAAAGAUUGCAGUGUCUAUGCACAAAUAAUGGAAGAUUGUUUGUCAUGUUAUGUCAGUUGUUGUUCAGCAGUGUGUAGCGCGAUCAUGUUUUAUUCUACAUUUAUGUUGUAUUUUUUUGUGCUGCAUAAGCUAUCAGUGAAGACACAGUCGCAUCCGUGCAUGGCAGCAGCUUCACUUGGUGUGACCGCCCAAUUCUAUUUAUAUUUUUAAUUCAUGUUAAUUAAGACAUAAUGAAAAUUAGAAUCGAAAGUCUACUCAGGACACUAUUAGGUAUUGAGAUCUUUUUUUAAAUAACAGAUGAUUGUACAAUCAACUGUUUGACCUGUGCUGGAAUAAGGGACGUCUUUACAACUCAAGCCAUAAAGUGGAGCGAAAUGCCAGCUCACAGAACGAGGCUACGUCGUGCUGAACUACUAUACUAGACUCUGUGCUUCUGCAUUUCUGACUUCAAUGGAACAGUCUGGUGGAAAUAUUUUUGUAUCAGUAUAAUUUUUUUUAAUUGAAAAAUAAACAAUGUUCAAACUUA